AUGCUUUUCCCCGGACAGCUCAACCUCCCGGUGCGGAUGCGGCGCAUAAAACGGGUCAUGGACAGCUCAACCUCCCGGUGCGGGUUAUGGUGUGCUAUAUGUUCAAUGAGUGAUCCGAUCGAUUGUAUCAAAUUAUCUGUGCUUUUAUAUAUACUGCGGCCGUCGCGACCGCCGCCGUCACCGCCAGAAACAAAAUACAACAAUCGCUUCAUUAAAACGGGGUUUUGGUUGAGGGGAGGGGUUGUGGGGGCGGAGGAGGCGGUGGCGGCCGCGGAGACGGCGGCGCUUAUAAAGCAUAGCGUCGGCCGCCUGACUGUGUCCUUCUCGGUCUCCAUCAAAAAGUGCAGGUCUUUAAGACUGACCCGUUUUAUGCGCCGCAUCUGUCAAUACAAACACACCAUUAAUACCAAUCAAUACAAUCGCCGAACGGAUCAAUUGAAAAGGCAAUCAACACUUACGGGCUUUAGGCCACUGUUGGCGCCCAAAGUGAACGACGAGCUAAGGCUGGACGCGAUGGCCGACUGA